UUUUAAACUAACCACAAUGCUAGGCAACUAAAAAAGUGGAACAAGGUACUUAUUAAAUUUAUAGGUUAAAUUUCAACUUACAUAAGAUAAAGCACAAAAUUUCCGGAAUGACUUUGGAAGCAGAGAAAUUAUUUUAAUGUAAGAAAGUGAAAAGAUAGCAAGAAUGGUCACAAUUUUAAGUAUGGAUAACAAGAAGAAAAUGUUGGCGAAAAUUCUUGGAAAGGAUUAAUGGCCGCCUUUGAAAAGGUUCGAACCGCCACCUUCGAAGGCUGCCGUCGUUGAACGGAAGCGUUUACCAUUCCGCCCGAAAUCACGAGCUGACUCGGGGGUGGACAGCCCUCGAAAGAUGGACGGGUCCCACUACCCCGGCGGUGGGGCUAGUAGUGAUGACGAAACGUUGCUUACUAGACAGAACGAGGAUUUGCGACAGAGGCUUCAGGAGGAAGCAGCGCUCUACAGAAGACGCAUCGAAACUUAUAGACAAGCUCAACAAAACCAAGCCGCUUUAGUUAGUCGAUUGCAAGCAAAGGUUUUACAGUACAAACAAAGAUGUACCGAAUUAGAAUCUCAGAUGGUCGAAAGUGCAAUCAAAGAACCCUCAACACCCGUUCGCCAACCCAUUUAUUAUACUUCUUCCCCUAUUGCGACUUCUACACCAUCAAGCACGGCACUUGAAGAAGCUCAACAACAUUUGCGCGAAAUACGUGAAGAACGAAUUCACGAUCUCGACACGGCUCUUAAACGAUUGGAUGAAGAAAGGAGAAAAGUUGAACGGCUGACUCAACUGAACAAAGUAUUAAGAGAACAACUCGAAGAAUCUCAUAGUACAAACGAAGCAUUAACAUCCGAUUUACAGAAAUUGACAAACGAUUUUGAAGCACUUCGCGAGGAGAUGAUCAUUAAAGAAGACGAAUGGAAAGACGAAGAGCAAGCGUUCAGCGAUUAUUAUAGUUCUGAGCAUUCGCGACUCCUAAACCUUUGGCAUGACGUGGUGUCAAUAAAAAGACUCUUCAUCGAUGUACAAAGUGCAACACAAAGAGAUCUGUACAAUCUCAAAUUUGAAAUAAACGACAUUGGAAGGGACAUGACAUUUGUUCAAGGAAAAAUUGGGAGAAGUGCAGUAAACACUGGUGCUUUAGAGAGCAAAGAGAAGUUCUUGCAAGAACAAGAACUAUCAGAAUUGCGAUCAAAAGUGCAUCAUCUUCAAAACCAACACAUAAACUGCCAGGCGGAAUUAAAACUAAAAGAAGAUCGAAUACAGCAACUUCUAAGAGAAAUCCAGCUGCUUGAAGAAAAAUGUUCAGUUGCUGAACACGAAGUAGUACAAAUGGCACGGAUGCAAGAAGAUUUAGAAAUAUUACAAAACUCCCUUAGAGACAUUGCUCACGCUUUGAUACAAGAUGCCGACACUGCAGACCCAGAAACAACAACUCAUCUUCAUCUCACCCCAUCACCGUUAGUGCCUCAAAAGUCUCCGAAAAGAGGAGGUCCUCGAAGUACAAUGUCCACAGCUGCCUUCGCCGAAAGUACUAUUUCCGCAAUGCACGCAGCUCUACACAAAUAUCAAUCUAUUAUCCAUGAACUACAAGUGAAACUCCAGUCUUGCAAGGAGCAACUGCUACUAGUAAGGAAACAACACGAAAAUUCAGAAGAAAACGUUUCGGCUUUAGAAUCACGAGUAUCGGAACUGGUGGCACAGCUGGAUGCGUGUCACACUCAAUGUUCCCAAAUUUCACAGGAAAGAGAAAUGUUACGUAAUCUUACCGAAACCUUAAAAUCGGAUAAAAACGCCCUCGAAAAGAAUCGACUAGAAGUAACUGCAAUGAUAGAAUCCAUUAAUUCUGACUACGACAAAAUACAAAAGGAUAAUGCCAAACUACAAAAGGAUUACGAUAUAAUCGUAGAUGAGAAAAUAUUUUUACAAUCGGAAAUCGAUAGAUUACGACAAGAAGCUGAAAUACGUGAAAUCAAUUUGCGAUCCGAAGAAGACCGAUGCAGUCGUAUAAGAGAAGAACUGCUGAGUGUCAGAGAAGAGCUAAACAAACUCUAUUUAUCUCACGAUUUGUUGGAACAACAGAAAAUGGAAUGCGAGAAUGUAAUCAGUGACUUGGAAAAAUCAAAAACAAAUUUAGAAAAUCAACUUGAAAAAGCCCUUGGUGAACAAAGUGGAGCUCAUGAAUCACUUCUAAAGAAGGAAAAUCUCGCCAGUAAUCUCGAAGUAGAAAAGAAAAAACUACAAGAAGAAAUUAAAAAGCUCGAAGACGAAAAAACUGCGUUGCAAGUGCAAUCUAACGAUCAACAAAACGAUAUUCAGUCUCUUCGAAAAGAACUUCUUCAUGCAGAGCAAACAAGACUCGAUCUGGAAGCAGAUAAAAUGUCACUAAACGAGAGGAUCAAAUUUUUAGAAAUAGAAAAAGGAAAGAUAGAAAUGGAGUUGUCUCAAUUGGUAAGAGAACGAGGAGAUCUGAGUAAUCAAUUGACAGCUCUUGGUCGCAAAAAGGAAACUAUCAGUGAAGAGCUCAUGCGUAUCAAACAACGUUUGGAGCAAGCGAACGAAACUAACGCUCGAAUUAACAGAAAUUUGGAAGAACUAGUCAAAGAAUGCGAAGAGAAACAGGCAAAUAUCGAAGUGUAUCAUAAAGAAAAUCAAUAUCUGCAAGAACAACUUGCAUCGUUAAGAUCAGAAAAGGAAGCUUUAGAAGCAGUACUGUUCGAUACUCAUACUAACUUAGAGAAUACGGAAUUAAAAAGAGCUCAAUUAGAAAAAGAUCAACAGGAACUCUUAAUAAAACAAGAAUCCUUGCGAAAUCAAAUCAGCCGCCUCACAAGAGACCUGGAAAAGAGCGAAAAGCGUCAUCAAGAAACCAAAAAUUCCUUAAUUCAACAAGCUGGUAACAAAGAAGCCGAAUUUAUGCAUGCCAUAAACAGCCUUAAAAAGCAAAAUGAAGAAAACGUUCGCAAACUAAUCGAAGAACGUGAAAUGAUACGUAUCAAUUUGGAAAAGCGUCUACAACAAUCUGUUCAACAACUCGGAAGUGAGAAAAACAGUGAAAUCCAACAGCUACAGCAAUUAAUUGACAAUCUCCAAGUUCACAUUGAUAACAUCAAUCAGCAACAUGAAGAAGCGAUACUGAGAGCUGAAAAUGAUAAACAACAAGCUCUUUUAAUCGCACAUCAUGAUCAGCAAGCUCUUCAAGAGAAGUUGGAGUGUUGCAAAAAGAAAUUGGAGGAAGAACAAGAAAACCUAGAUCGUCUAAGGAGAGAAGCAAACAUGAAACACGAACAAGACAGAAUUUCUAUAAAUCAAUUUAAAGAAGAUCUUAAUAAAUGCAGAUCAAGAUUAGAGGAAUCAAAAGCAAAAGCAGAAGAAGAAAAAGCAAAAUUGGAAAGAAAACUAGAAGAAAUUAAAAUUGAAAGGGAUUCUAUUCAAACGGAAGCUGAAAAUCUGAAGGUGCAGCUUCAUCUCACAGAAGAUCGCGUCACUGAUCUCAAUAAUCAGUUACAUGACACUAUUCGUAAAUUAAAAGAAGCCGAAAAUAUUAGUGACAAUUUAAGAAAAGAACUAACGGAUAUUCGUCGACAAUUAACAGAUUGUAGUUAUGAAAGAGAAAAAUAUCAUGCCACCAACAAGGAACUGAGAGAACAUAUUAAGAGAACCGAAUCUGAAAGGAGGGAACAAAGUCGACAAUUGGAAGAGGCAUUACAAAAGAUUUCUAAUCUCGAGGAAAUAAAAUUAAAUUUGGAAAAUGAAAAAUCUCGUCUUCAAAACGUAAUAAAAGACAUGGACAGGGACCAAAACGACUUAGAAAAGAAACUUCAAUCUUGUCAAGAACAGCUACAGAAAAGUGAAAACGUCAGUUCCCAACAGCAAGCCGAGGAAAAGGAACUCCAAUCUCGACUUCUUAAUGAAUCUGGUGAACGCGAAAGGGCUCAGCAAGAAGCUUACCAACUCAAAAAACAGCUCAACGAAUUGGAGGGGCACUUGGAACAGACACGUCAAGAAUUAGCCCGAACCCGAUCUCAUGCAGGAAAAGUUGAAGAACAGUGGCAUGCUAGAGAACAAGACCUUCUUAUACACCUUGAAGAUGCCAGAGCCAAGGAAAAAAGAUUAGAAGAUCAAAAGCAUAAUUUAGAAGUUUGCCUCGUAGAUGCGACUCAGCAAAUUCAAGAACUAAAGGCCAAACUUGGUGGCUCGGAUAACAGAAUUCGAGUUUUGGACGGACAAUUGGCUCAAUUAGAACAGUCGAAACGAGAAGUUGAACAAAAAUUGUCCAGUGUAGUCGCAACCCUUAAGCGAAUAGCUGGUAUUCAAUUAGAUGGCUCUAUUACCACACCACACCACAGAUUAUUAAGUCCAACAAGAAGGUGGAGUCCUGCAAGAAGUACGUUUCACACUAAAAUCGUUAAAUUCAGAUUGCCAUCAAGGAUUUUUGUUUUAGCCCAAGAACAUGACGGAGUUGUUGAUAUUGAUCCUGAAGUGGUAAGGAAAGGAGUACGGAAUUUAAUGCAACAAGUGGCGCAAGUUGAACGAGAGAGGGAUGAUUAUAAAGGGCAAGUGUCGGCUAUGAAGAAGCAACUCCAGGAAGCUCAUGAUACUCAAAGUAAAGGUGACAGCAAACUCAAUAAAGUCUUACAAACGGUAAAGAACUUACAGGAAGAAAAAGGAAUUUUGGAGGCAAAGUUAGGACAGAAGACGGUCGCCCUUCAAGCACAAAAUGAAGAAAUUCAAAGGAAAUCUCAAGAUCUGCAACAAUUGCGAGACAAAAUUCUUGCAUUAGAACUUUCCGUAAAAUCAGACAGCGAGGUAAAAGUUCAAUAUGAGGAUAAACUAGAAAAGAUGAGAUCUUCUUUGGCACGCCUGGAAGGGGAAAAAAGAAAUUUACAAGAAGAAUUAAGCCGGGCAGAAUCUCGAGCCACGAAACUAGAACUCCAACGAUUAUCACUCGAAGGUGAUAUCAAAAGACUUCAAAUGAUGUUACAAGAAAAAGAUUCCACAAUAAGUAAAUUACAAGACAAAUGUGAUACCCAGAGUCGAGCUCUAGCUAGUUUAGAAGAAAGAUGUGCUUCCCUUAAAUCUACAAUAGAUCAAUUAACAAUUUCUUUAGAAAAAUCUUCAGCCAAUGAAAAGGAACUCAAAUCUGAGAUUCAAAAUUUACAAAGAGCCCAUCUUGAAACUUCAUCACAUUCUCAUUCCAAUGCGGAAAAACUGAAGCAGCUGCAAAAAGCUCUCUCUAACUGCGAAAAUGAAAAACGUGUUAUCACCGAAAGACUUGACGUCAACCAACAAAACUUGGCCGAAUUACGGCGAAACAAUCAAAUCCUUCAGGACCAAGUGUCACGAUUGAAUGCUGAAUUAGCUAACAACGAAGUUCAAAGGGCCGCUCUUGAAUCCCAAUUAAGACUUUCCCAGUGGCCAGCUGAAAGCACAUCAUCUGUCCAUCAAGACGAGGAACUUGUCAGACAAUUACAAAGAGAACGAAGUGAAUUACGAAACAAAAUUGAGUCUUUAACUACCAAAGUGCAUCAACUCGACAAUGAAAAGCGCAGUUUAGAACGACAAAUGGCGAAGGCGACGUCGGGCGUCGGCAUAAUUCCGCGUAGCAAGUCAUUUGAACGACCUGAAAAGUACGAAUGCGACUUAAGUUUCGAUCGCGAAAAAUACGAAAACUUAGAAAAAGAGAACAGGGAAUUGAAAACGAAAAUCGCACAACUCGAAUCGCAGUUAUUGGAAAAAGAAGCUCAACUGCUGGAAAAAGAGGCCGAACUCAGUCGUAUUCGAUGCCAGAAAUCGACAUCAAUGGAAUACAAAUUCGAUAGAGCAGAAAUUGAACGAUACAGAGCGGCGCAGUUACAAGCUGAGAGGCUGCUGGAAGCAAGAGAACAGAGCUACAGGCAACAGGUGGCCAGGCUGGAAAGUCAGGUUCAAUUGUUAAGAGAUCAGCUAAACCAGGAAAUAAAACGUCGUCAACAAUAUGUACUAAGGAGUACCAGAACAGGUCGGGAAAUGCAACAACUUCGUCAAGCUUUAGGAGAAUCGCUUCGAACGGUUUCUCAAGAUCCAUCCUUAGAUGCGUUAUUACUGGAGCACGAAACUCGAAAAUUAGACGAAACUCUUGCUCAUACUCCUACCAGUUUACCUCCUGCCUUCAGUUCGUCUAGAUACGACAGGUCGACACCUAGACCUCCUUAAAUGAACCUGUCUUAGGUUUUCUGAUAAUUUUAUUGUUGAAUCAUUUGUUAUUUAUCCCAUUUUAUUUAUUAGGGAUCUAUUGAGAAGAAUAACCCUAAAUUUAUUUACAGAAACAGCUUAAGCUAGUCUAUUCGUCUUUCUUCUUUUUUUUAUUAUUUCUUGGAAUUGAUAUUAAUUUUAAUCUCCAAAUAGACAAAAAUUGAAGUAUAUGUGUAUUGAAAAUCAUUAAAUGAACUAGAUGUACACUUUUUACCGUAAAAUUAGUUUCACAAAAUAAGUAUUAAGUCGUAAACUUUUAGCAAAAUAAACCAUUAAAAAAUAAAAUGACUCAGCAAACAUUUCUCACUAAAACGUCUUUUAAAAACAGUCACUGUCUGUAACCUGUGAUAGCUAUCACAAGGUUUUAUAAAAAAACGGAUUUGUAACUAAUAAUUUAAAACCUCCAUAUGAAGACUGUCAUAAACCAAUUUCACGUUUAAAUUGUAGACAACAUGACACUGCUUAAUUACUAGUAUAACACAUGCUACAAUAAACAUUUAAAAAAUCAGGCUGACCACUUAAUUUUUUUUCUAAACUUUUACUU